CGGGGAGGCGGGGCGCGGCGGCGGGCUGUGUCUGCGCCUCGGCGGCCUCGGCGCCCGCAGACGCUCUGGGAACAUGGCGGCGGCGGAGCCCGCUGUCCCGGCGCUCCCCGGCAGCAGCGGCGUGGGCACGGGGGCGCCGUCGGGCACCGUCCCGGUGCUUUUCUGCUUCUCAGUCUUCGCGCGGCCCUCGUCCGUGCCGCACGGUGCGGGCUACGAGCUGCUCAUCCAGAAGUUCCUCAGCUUGUACGGCGACCAGAUCGACAUGCACCGCAAAUUCGUGGUGCAGCUCUUCGCGGAGGAGUGGGGCCAGUACGUGGACCUGCCCAAGGGCUUCGCGGUGAGCGAGCGGUGCAAGGUGCGCCUCGUGCCGCUGCAGAUCCAGCUCACUACUCUGGGAAAUCUUACACCUUCAAGCACUGUGUUUUUCUGCUGUGAUAUGCAGGAAAGAUUCAGACCAGCCAUCAAGUAUUUUGGGGAUAUUAUUAGUGUGGGACAAAGAUUGUUGCAAGGUGCACGGAUUUUAGGAAUUCCAGUUAUUGUAACAGAACAAUACCCAAAAGGCCUUGGAAGCACUGUUCAAGAAAUUGAUUUAACAGGUGUAAAACUGGUACUUCCAAAGACAAAGUUUUCAAUGGUAUUACCAGAAGUUGAAGCAGCAUUAGCAGAGAUUCCUGGAGUUAGGAGUGUUGUAUUGUUUGGAGUAGAAACUCAUGUAUGCAUCCAGCAAACUGCUCUGGAGCUCAUUGGCCGAGGAAUUGAGGUUCAUAUUGUUGCUGAUGCCACCUCAUCAAGAAGCAUGAUGGACAGGAUGUUUGCUCUUGAGCGCCUUGCUCGAACUGGAAUCAUAGUGACCACGAGUGAGGCUGUUCUGCUGCAGCUGGUUGCAGAUAAAGACCAUCCAAAAUUCAAGGAAAUCCAGAAUCUCAUUAAGGCCAGUGCUCCAGAGUCCGGUCUGCUGUCUAAAGUAUAGGCCAUUUGAAGGACUGGUAUCUUCCUUGCUACCAGGUGACAGGAGUUUAAGCUCAGACAAGCUCUUGUUUCUACUAGAAUUAAAAUGUUAAGUCAAAAAUGGCUCCUUCUUUGCAGCUCUUAGUAACAUGUAAGCGGCUAGACUACUUGGGUACCGGCAUUUAGUUACCAGUGUCAAAGGCUUCAGGUGCUGCUCACCUUCUUUUUCCUUAAUGUGCUUUUAUUUAUUAAAAAACAAAACAAAAAAAUACAAUGGAGGUGCCUGUUUUGUCUAUACUGUACACACUGAUUAUACCUUUCAAAGUGCACACUCUGGUGAAGUUUUCUUAAAUUGUGCACUUUAGAGAAAAAAUAUGUAUCGAUAAUGAUUUGACUUUUAUAUUAUUGUAAGAUGUAUGUUAUAAUGUUAAGGUGGAUUCAGGGCUUUCACUUUGCAGGUUAAUUGAAAUAGGAUUAUUAUACAUGAAUUUAAAGUCAGGACUCUGGUUCCUGUUGUCCACUUCUCAUAGCGUUGUUGAAUUACUCAUUGAGUUACAUUGAUCUAAUCAGGCCAAAUUAUGUUGAAUAAUUAUUUGUCUUUCUUGAUUGUACUGAUUUUCUCAUUCUGGUUACCAUCACUAAUUCUCUGUUAAUGUUCUCUUUUUUGAUGGCAGGUUUUACCUAGAAAGACUCAUUACUUUAAUUUUCUAAACAGAUGGAAGGGUUUGCAGUGGCAUAUCAUUGGUGGAGUAUAUUUUAAUGUCUCUGAAGUAGGACUUUAGCUGAAUAUCUUUUCAAUCAUCUUGAGUAUAUCUUUUAGUAGGCCCAAGAUUUAGCAGAAAGUUAUAGGGUGGGUAAAAAUGUAGCUUUAAAAUAUACAUUUUCCAUUCCAUAUUUUCUCUGCCCACCCUCCAAAUGUGGUUAAUUCAAAGGCAUCAGUAAUGAUUGGGAAGUACUAAUUUCAUGGUCACUGUUACCCUUCAAUAAAUUUAUUUUCAUCGAAUACUUGUUUUAGUGUUUUAAAACUUGUUUUAAUAUUAUGUGAAAUGUGGAACAGUGCUUUUAUAUUAAAGUAAUUAAAGAAAAUGUA